AUGGGGAUGGAGGAGGCUCUGCAGGGGAAAGGCGAGGGUGCGGAUGGGCAGAUGGGCAGAAGGGAGGGGGCAAGUUACUCACCAUGUGGACUGGGGCUCAGGCUGCCUCCCAGGCACAGCAUCCAUGGCAGGAUACCUCCACUCCCACCUCGCCCAGACAAGACAAGCCCCCUCCCCUUCCGGAGAGACUGCUCCAACGCGGAGAGCCCAGGUGGGGGAGCCGCAGGAGAGAGUCCCCUCUCUCCCCAGCCGGAGGAGCAGGCAGUGGGGGGUGCGCGAGCUGCAGGCUCCACGGCGGAGGGGCCCCUGAGCAGUGCUCAGGACGGACAGGAGCACACCAGGGCCUGGGUCCCCCGGGGCCUGUUCCGUCCCUGUGCUGGGCUUUCUGUGCAGCUGAGCAGCAGUGGGAUAGAACAAAAGGGCAUUCUGGCCAAUCAGGUAGCCGGGGUCACAGGGUCCACUGAUGGGAUCGGCUUCACCAUGGCUCAGCGUCUGGCCCAGGAUGGGCCCCAUGUGGUGGUCAGCAGCCGGAAGCAGCAGAACGUGGACUGAGCGGUGGCAGCGCUGCAGGAGGAGGGGCUGAGCACGAUGGGCACCAUGUGUCACAGGGGAAGGCAGAGACCAGGAGAGCUGGUGGCCACAGCCCUGGAGCAUUGUGGGGACGUCAACUCCCUGGUGUGCAACACUGGUGUCAACCCCCUGGUGGGGAGCACCCUGGGGGCCGGUAAGCAGGUGGGGGACAAGAUCCUGGACGUGAACGUGAUCCCGGCUGUGCUGUUGAGCCAGCUGCUGCCCCUCGUGGAGAAGAGGGGGGAGGGCAGGGAGGGCCCGUGGAGUUGGGGGGACUCGGCCUUGCUGUCCUCUACGCCAAGGGGACACUUGGGGAAGGAGCCCGCAGUGGAAUACCCCAAGGAGAGGAGGGGAGGCUCUGCAGUGCUCAUUGCCACUGCUGCUGUCUAUGUACCUCCACACAGCGAGUGGGGAGCUUUGGAAGGGGGCAGUGGAAUGGAUGCCAGGGUGUUGGGGAAGGCUGCCAUGGAUGGUUGUACAGGUUGUUCACUGUGCAAAGGCACCAGGUCCAGGGACAGGGACAAGUGGGAGCUGAAAUCCAGUCUAUGCUCUGCUCGCCAAGCCAUGCACCCUGGAGAGUACCACCAGCAAACUGCCCCACUGGGACUUACCAAGUCCUUGGCUGUGGAGCUGGCCCCAAAGGGCAUCCGGGUGCAUGGUGUGUCUCCAGGACUUGUCAAGACUGACUUCAGCCGAGUGCUAUUUGAGGACUCCGCCUUCUGGGAGCAUAUGAAGGGACUCCAUGAAACACAGAGAGUGGGGUGGCCUGAGGACUGUGUAUGACUGGUGUCCUUCCUGUGCUCUCCAGACGCCAGCUACAUCACUGGCGAGAUCAUCGUGGUAGCUGGCUUCUACUCCCACCUCUGA